AAUUUUGUUUACUGAUUACUUAAUGUAUUUAAAGAUACAAGCACAUUUCUUUGUCAGGUUAAAAACUUCAAAAUGUUGAGAGCAGUGGUUCUCUACCUGUGGGUCCCCAGAUGGUUUUGCCUUCAACUCCCAGAAAUCCUAACAGUUGGCAAACCAGUAGGGAUGUCUGGGAAUUGUAGGCCAAAACAGCAAUGGUAUUCCCUGUAGUAACCUAUGGAUGCGAGAGCUGGGCCAUAAAGAAGGCUGAGCGAAGGAAGAGAGACGCUUUUGAACUUUGGUGCUGGAGGAAAAUUCUGAGAGUGCCUUGGACCGCUAGAAGAUCCAACCAGUCCAUCCUCCAGGAAAUAAUGCCCAGCUGCUCGCUGGAGGGAAGGAUAUUAGAGGCAAAGACUAAGUACUUUGGCCACAUCAUGAGAAGUCAGGAAUGCUUGGAGAAGAGAAUGAUGCUGGGAAAAUGGAAGGAAAAAGAAUGAGGGGCCGACCAAGGACAAGAUGGAUGGAUGGUAUCCUUGAAGACACUUGACCUUGAAGGAGCUGGGGGUGGCCACGGCCAACAGGGAACUCUGGCAUGGGCUGGUCAAUGAGGUCACGAAGAAUCAGAAGCGUCUGAACGAAUAAACAACAAAACACUUGGGACCCACAGGUUGAGAACCACUGGUUUAGAGAGUUUGUAUCUUAAAGUGAUAAACUUUAACAGUCUCUUCAUAAACUGUUGCUUUUUACAGCUCUCUUCAAUGAGAGUUUACUUCCUAAGAAAACACAAGCCUCAACAGUUCUAGCUUCUAACACUGCCUCUGCACUCUAACAGACUUCUGUACUCAAGCUGACACAACGCUCAACACUGACUUCUAACAGGCUCAAGGCUCAACUGACUUCUAACUGUCAUUCUUUCAAAGCUGAACAUUCUAAACUGUCACUGAGUCAGUCAUAUGACCUGCAGACCCUCCCACUGCUUUAAGUAUAUAGAGAAGAGGUAACUGCAAACUAAAUAGACAUAUACUUCAAGAUAUAAAACUACACAUAUCAAAACAGACAAACAUCAGAUAGAGGAAGCUUGAGAAGGUUGCUUCCUCCAACAGAGACGGCUUAAGAGUGGACUAGAGGAAGUGUGCAGGAGACGCUUAAACAGUAUGAGCUUUAUGAGUGUCUCGUACUGUAUUACUUACUCAUGGAGAAAAGAAUAACUCCGAAAGAAGAAUUGAAGCUGACUAGUGAGCCUCUGCCACGAGAACAGAGCAGCGAGGCAAUCCUUCAAAUUAUUUCACAGUUGAACGAUAGUGACCAGGAAAGACUGAAAUGGCUGAAGGAUCCAGAGAUUUACAGUCAUGAAUAUUUGCUUGCAAAGGCUGAGGAGCUGCUGGAAAAGCGGAUUAAUGCUGGAGAUUCUUUGGCAAGUUUUCUCAAAGGGCAGCUGUAUUUUGAAGAGGGGUGGUAUGAAGAAGCCUUCUUGCAAUUUCAAGAAAACACUGAUUUUCAAUCCAAGUAUCAGUUAGGCGUAAUGUAUUAUGAUGGGUUGGGGACCCCGCCAGACCCAAAAAAAGGAGUGGAAUACAUGGAGGAGAUUAUCAAGGCUACUGACCCUAAAGCAAGGCAUUUGAAGUUUGCUGCUGCAUUCAACCUUGGGAGAGUUUACUAUGAAGGAUGUGGGACUGAGAUUUCCGAAAAUGAAGCUGAAAGGUUAUGGUUUCUAGCUGCAGACCAUGGGAACCCAAAAGCAAGUGUUAAGGCUCAAACUGCUCUUGGAAUGUUAUAUUCAGCAAGGCAUCCAAAGGACCUAAAAAAGGCUUUCUUUUGGCAUUCAGAAGCUUGUGGAAAUGGAAGCCUGGAAUCUCAAGGCAUCCUUGGGCUCAUGUAUUUGUAUGGACAUGGUGUACCUCAAAAUGUAAAGGCUGCCCUGGAGUGUCUAAAUCCAGCAUCAGAUCGUGGAAAUGUCUAUGUUAAAGGACAUCUGGUGGAGUAUUACUACAAAAGAAAAUUUUAUUCAAAAACUGUUAAAUUUGCCAAAAGUACCACAGAGAAUGAUGACAUUGAAAAGAUAGCCAAGGAAACAGACUGCAUUCCCUUUUACAUAGCCAAAGGGCUGGCAAUGGCUUCCUUUUACUUGGCUAGGUGUUAUCAUCUUGGUCUAGGAACACAACCAGAUAAAGCAGAAGCUGACAAAUAUUAUUCUAAGAUGUCUUCAUGUGCUCUUGCUUGGGGGACAGGAGGGAUACGUAUGCCAGGAUUCUUAUUUCUCAAGGAAGAGAGGGGGAAAACUUCUGUAGAGUUAUCAAGGUGGAAAGUCUAAAUAAAUCCUUAGUAACUUA